AUGCCUGCACAAAGCCAGGCAAAGCGCCAGUCCGCACCUCUAUCCGAAGAGAAGCCUGCCAAACGCACUCGCUACAUUCGCACCCUGGAGUUGGCACUUGCAUGGCUCUUCCAGCACAAUCUCGACAACGAAUCUGCCCUCAAAGAGAAGCUAGCGCAGGAGGGUGCUUCGUCAUUACUCCUCAGCCGUGACUCAAAGGAGUCGAACAAGCUCCACAGGCGAUGGCGCAAAUCAAAGUUUUACAUCGACGUUGAUAAGCAGCUAUCUGGAGGAGAGCCUUCAAGACAUGAACAAGCUACCUCGCCCGGUUCUUUUAGCAGCGACGAGGAUUCGGAUAUCGAGGAGCCUUUGAAAAAAAAGACCAGCCGUAGCCAAGCAAGUAACAUUGAGUUCCAGCGCAGUGUUGGGCCUCCAGGUGUUCCACAGAUCGCAGCAUCAUCACAUAAACAGCCGGCCAGCACCUGUGCUCCAGAAACAAUCCCGCAGGAUAGCUGGCAACUGUUCGAAGUAUACUUUACCAAUGUACACUCUUGGCUUCCCAUAUGCGAGAAGCAUGAUACCCUGAAAUCCGCCUAUUCUUACCCUCUGCAUAGCCAUUCCAGCAAUCCAGAGCAAUCCAUUUCCGGGGCGCACGCUGAAAUGUGGAGUAUCCUGGCAGUGGCAUCACUAUAUGACGCAAACCUGAACAACUCCCUUGAUCCAUCAUCGACAAGGCCUAUGAAGCUUUACGAGACCGCAAGAUCCAUGAUACCAAGCGAAUCUGGACGUUUCGAUGUUGGACAUAUCAGAGCUCUUCUGAAUCUGGUCGUGUUCAACAUCUCCCGAAUGUUGACGGGUUCAGCCUGGCUACUCGUUGGUUACGCAUCGAGAGCCCUGGAAAAUGUAGACCAAUCGACACUGAUGGCAAACUCUAGACACAAGCAUGUCUACUACGGGUGCUUCCUCCUCGACGGCAUGCUAGCAUUUCAGCUCAACCGCCGUCCUCACUUUAGAAAAGUCGAUCUGAGGCACCUUGGUCUUAUUGACGAAGACGGUUUGGAAGAGUGGCAGCCUUGGUCUGGGUUCAAUGAUCCUUCGCGCGCUAGUAGAAUGACCCCAUUGCUUUCUCUAAGUACGUUCAACAAUGUCAUUGAAUUGGUUGACAUACUCGUAAGCACUGGGCAGCAGUCAGCGCAAGACGCUUACCAAGAAGAGGUUGCUCAGCGUCUUGAGAGGUGGAAAACUUGUCUACCUCCAAAAGUGGAUUCUUUGUUUUCUGGCAGCUCCUUUUCAUUGCUCGCCCCGCCGACUGCUCUGCUACAAGCGACAUAUGACUGCGCUUGCUUUUUCUCCCAUCCUUCAGAUAUAAGUUUACAACUGUUUCUUAAGGGACUUGAUAAGUGUCAAUUGGAUAUUGGUGUCCAGCGACUACCCGUACCGAUCAAAUGUCUGGUCAUCACUAUCAGCAGACUUGCUAGUCAACUCAAUCUGCGUGAAACGACCCGCACUCAACUACAAAGGUUGCGAGAGGCCAUGUUACCAACAUCGCCUCAGUCGCAUCAUGAUGAUUCACAGACUCUCGAGAGCUUCAUCAUGCCGGCCAGACGAUCUUCAACAGCCAUAAAUUUGUCAACGCCAGAAUCACUCCAAACCGCGACUCCUGAUGGCCGCAACAUAGUCCAGUCAACAAUAGACCCCCUCAAUGACUUCUUCUCUGAGCCGUAUCCAACAAAUCCAUCCCAUGUAGCAGUGCCUAGUCCAUCACAAACCGACCCACGACACCCUGAGCUUACCAGCGAUCUCGAGACCUUUUUCGACGAAUUGGCGUCACUUGAUAGCACAACUCGGCCGGAUAACCAGCCGCAAUUCAUGCAAAACCUUGGUUUCGGGCCGGGAGCAAGCAUGGCAGAUCUGUUUAGCGAAUACAUACCUAUGCAGUCGUCGAACUUCCUAGUCCGCGACGACGUGGCGCCGACAAAUCUUGACCAGUAUGCCUUUUACGAUGGGAGCUGA